AUGAUUGACCUGAUGACUAGCCACCAGGAGGAAUCACACCUCGUCGAGUUCGCAUAUGCUAACUUUGAUAAAAUUUUCAAAACGACCCGACUUUUGGGAGGUGGGGCCAGUGCUCGAGUAUUCUUGGGAGAAUUCUUCAACGGACCAGCCUGCGCCAAAGGCCAGACAUUGGAUGAGGUGGUCGAGAAUCUAUUCGUUUUCUCUCCCACUAAAUCAAUAAGCAUAUUUUUGCCCAUCGCCGAAGGCCUAGCCGAGGUACACAGCCGGGGAAUCAUCCAUAACGAUAUCAAAGUGGAUAACAUUUUGCUGGAGAAGAACUCUGAUGGGUCCUACACCUCCCACUUUAUCGACUUUGGAUUAUCAAGAGUAGAAGGUGGCCACCUGACCUUAUACAGCAAUCCGAACGACAGCCAUUACGUCCCGGAGUUGUUUAAGGGUCUCCCCUGCACCCCGGCAAGUGACAUCUACUCGCUCGGAGUUAUGAUCUCCGACUUCCAAAAUUGUUUUGAUAACCUCUGGCCGCCAGGGGUUAAACGCCUGUGCAACCAGAUGCUCAGCCGCAACCCACAGCACCGUCCAAGUCUUUCUAAAGUGAUCGAGGUUUUGAGGGAAUCCCUUAAGGAGCUCUCCCUCGAGGUGCUCUCUUCCUCCAAGGCCGACCCCACCUACCAUGCAACGUGUGUCUAG